AGCUUUUUUCAGAGUUUCGCUUGGCUCAAGGCUGCUGUUUUUAAACUUUGAAAACAACUUAGUACCUACAACAAGUAUAUUUUUAAUUAUUUCUAUGAAUUUUAAGAGAAAUGAUUAACAACAGAAAGUACUACUGACGGUGUUUUCAUCUUAAUAUUGCUAUUUAAAUUUAUUUAGUCUCAUAUUUUAAUGUAUAAUGAAUAAACGAAUGAAUAACGCAUAUAAUGACCAGAGUCAGAAAAGGGUGAAGAGAGAGUGUACAUAUGGAGAGAAAUGUUACAGAUUAAACCCGGCACACUUCAGAGAGUUUGCACAUCCACAUUGUAAGAAUUAUUAUCAACAAAUUCUAUUUCUUAAAUGGAAGCAAUUCUGCAGAAGUACUCUGGUGAUGGAGACUUUGAAAUUCCAAGCGAACUGAGCUUGCAGCGUAGCAUGAUAGUAGACCAGCUCACUGUUAUGGUCGAGAAGAAGCUCUACACCCCUAUUAGUGAUGAAAGGGAAAUAAAAAACGAAACGUCAAAUGAGAACGCUAAUAUCGCAAACGAUGAAGACACAACAGUAGCGACGAGCAGCAAGGAGACCGUACAGACGAAAAUUGACGCGAAACAGCAGACUGGAGAUAAAUGUUAUGUUGCCAGCGCGAGAAGGGAAAAGUCACCCAAAAUGGAAGCAGUAAGAGAUUCCGACUACCGCCCCAUUAUCCCGCCGACUCGCAAGCUGGAGGAGUUCUUCAAAGUGGUACCUCCGAAGGGCCAGAUGUCGGAGAAGCACGACAGGAGCGCGCCCUUCCACAUCUUCUACACUACGAUCACGGACGCCAGGGAGACGCACUCACAGCCCUACUCCAUCACGUUGCAUGAGAUCUUAGACCGCAGCCUGGGCGAGCUCCAGUGUUCGCUGCAGAUCAACUUCAUGGUGGACGCGAGCUGGCUACUGGCUCACUACUACUUCGCAGGCUAUAGCGGUAAGAAGCUGACGAUCCUGUACGGAGACGACGCCCUGGACCUUCGGGACAUCAACCAGAAGAAACCCAACGUGACGGCGCAUUACGUCACCAUGGCCACGCCCUUCGGGAAACACCACACCAAGAUGAUGAUACUCUGCUACGAGGACGGCUCCCUGAGGGUAGUUGUGUCCACUGCCAACCUGUACUCUGACGACUGGGAGAACAGGACCCAAGGCUUGUGGAUGAGUCCCCGCUGCCCCGCGCUUGCGGCGGGGGCUAUGCCCCACGACGGCGAGUCCCCGACUAUGUUCAAGCGUGGCCUGCUGCGGUACCUGGCGCACUACCACCUACCCCACCUGACCUUCUACAUGGAGCGAGUCAAGCGCUGCGACUUCUCGCACAUCAAUGUAUUCCUGGUGUGCUCGGUGCCCGGCUCCCACUCGGACAUGGAGUGGGGCCUGACCCGCGCCGGCAGUCUGCUGCGUCAGCACUGCUGCGUGCCGGCGGCAGACCACACUCGCUGGCCGCUCCUCGCGCAGGCCAGCAGCCUGGGCAGCUACGGCAGCGAGCCCAAGUUGUGGCUGACGGGAGACUUCCUGCACCACUUCACCAAGAUCAAGGAUCACCCGCAGGCGUUAAGCGCUCCGCCACCAAUCAAGCUCAUAUAUCCAUCACUAGAGAACGUGCGUGCGUCUCACGACGGGCUGCUAGGCGGCGGGUGCCUGCCAUACGCCGCGGCCGCGCACUCCAAACAGACCUGGCUCACACAGUUCCUCUACCAAUGGAAAGCCAAACACACGCACCGCGACAAGGCCAUGCCGCACAUUAAGUCGUACACUCGAGUGUCCCCCGACAACAAGAUGGCCGCCUUCUAUCUACUGACGUCCGGCAACGUGAGCAAGGCGGCCUGGGGCUCCAUCAACAAGGGCAACCGGGCGCUCCGCAUCAUGAGCUACGAGGCGGGGGUUCUAUUUUUGCCCCGGUUUGUGAUAAACGAAGAUUUUUUCCCGCUAUCAGAAGGCGCUCCCAACCGCCUGAUCAUCCCAUACGACCUGCCCCCUACCAAAUACACAAACGAAAUGUCGCCCUGGGUGUCCGACUAUCUGAUGUAACUGGACUUCGAACAUAGGAUCCUUCAUUGGUGCUGAUUAGUGGUACAAGGUCUUCCUCAUCGAACAGCACAUUAUAUUGUUGUGUCUGUUUGUAUGUAGUGACAGUAACUGCAGUACAACUUAAUGCAGCCCUUAUACCUUCAGUUAUCUUGCGGCUUCUAUACAGUUCAGUACAUCUGUGUGACUAAUUAGUGACGUUUAUUGUUGACUACAUUAUAACUUUCUCAUACAGCUUUAAUAUAGUGACUUCAGGAUCAUAAUUUUAGUGAUUUAAAAAGAAAUAUGACGUCAUAGUACAUGAAGGUGAAGAGUGUUAAAAUGGCUGUAUUGUCCCCAGUGGUUGGCUGUUUAUAACAACUCAAAAAUAAAUUAUGAGUUACUUUCGUUUCUGUUUUUAUAAUUAUAUAGUCAAUUAAGAAAAUAUAUGUAUGUUACCAUAUUACACCGGCUUCAUAACAAUGUUGUUGUGUUUUCAGAUGGUGAAGUGUUAUAGUAAACUGUGAGGUUAUUGUUAAUUGUUGUACUUAAUAAAUGAAUAAUAUAAAUCUUGGUAAUAAAAGUAUUUUUGUAUAAUUGUA